AGCGAAGAAGAAUUAGCUUCGUCUCCGCUGCAGCAACAGAAGAAGAAGGACGUCGGUCUCCAUUUGUCAUCAGUUCGUUGAAGCAAUCGACGGCCUGGACGACAAUUCUCUGAAAUAUCAAUACUGAGCUUGAAGAACAAGCAAGCAAGAUAAGAUACUACUGACUUACAAACAUGUGGGAUGGACCAGGACCAGGGCAAGGACCACGGGGAGGACCACCCUUUCGUGGUGAUCAUCGUGGAGAAAUGUUUGGUGGCAGAGAUCGUCCCAUGCCUGAUUAUAGAGGUAGAGAUGGGAUGAACAUGGGUCCCAUGGGUCAUAUGGGCCCAAGACCUCUAGAUCUACCACCUAUGGAUAUGAGGAGGAUGGAUGGGCCACCCAUGAGGGGCCGUGAUAUGGACCCACGAGAUAUGCGAGGUAGAGAGCCAAACAGAGAUUUUUUUAGACCUGGAGAAGAGCCAGACUUCAGUCUUAGAAGGCACUAUGAAACUGCCAUCAGAGACAAACUGAUGAAUUCUUCUGAUUUCCCGGGACCAGGUAGGAACCCAGUAGACAUGGGGGGGAGGGGUAUGCCACCACGGGAGCCAAACAGCAGAUUUAUGGACAUGAGAGACAGAGAGUCAUUUCAUUACGACAUGCCACCGUUCAACAAUCCUAAUAUUGAUGGAAGAAGAGGGUUUCCCGUGGACAGAAUGGAGCGAAGUGAUGGAUUUAGGGACGUGCGUGACAGGCCCCCAAUGGGCAUCGGUGACACUGAUCGCUUUGAUAUGGACUUACCUCCACGUGAAAGGAGGAUGAUGGACACUGACAGAAGAGGAGGGCCGCCUGUCAAUCCAAGAGGUGGAUUUGAUUCUGAUACAGAUUUCAGAAAUCGUCUUGGACCAUCAGCUGAAUUUAGAGGUAGGGAUCGAUCUCCCUUAAGAUUUGGAAACAGUGAUGUCUCUCCAGUGGACAGGGCAAGAUCAGACAUACCUUCAGAUGUUGCUGGCCCUCAAAGAUCAGAGUUUAUGGGUGCAGAAGUCAGAGAGAGAGAAUAUACGGAUUCAAGUGGCAGUCCCCUUAUGGAUUAUCGAAGUGGUGAAGAGAUGACUCUUGCAGAGGAAUGGAAGAACCGUCGAAAGGACAAGAACCCGUUCUCAAACAUGGGUAAAGGUAUGGGAGGUGUACCCGAACCCAGCUUCCCUGUAGGUUUUGGCAGAGACGUGAAUGUUAGAGAUCCACCACCAUUUCAGGAAAGGAAUCGGCCAUCUGUUGAAUUCCCAGGGAAAGAUGCUGGCUUUCCUCAUGGUGACCAAUUUCCUGCUAUGGAGCUACCAUCAAUUGGCAGAAAAGCUCCACAAGACCAUCCACUGCUGGAAAUAAGUACCCAUACUGGCCCUCAUGGGAGAGAAAAUGAGAGUAAACAUUGGCUUGGAGAAAGGGACCCAAAGCAUAGUCAGAAUAAAUCAAAUCAUGACGAAAGACCCCCUUACCAUAAAGAGAAGAAUCAGAUUCAGGUGCCAAGUGAUUGUUUUAAAGGGCUGAAAGAUAUCCCACACAAUCAGGUACCUGCCAGGGAUAAGAUGGGGACUGAACGCGAUUUCCAAAGCAGCAGCACUGUACAGACAAGAGACCAAGACUACAGGGACAUCGAUUACAGGACAGGGUCCGGGAGGGCUUUUGAUUACAAACGCGAGGCACUUCAAGCACCAGAGAAACUCAUCAAAGAGUCUAAACCAAUCACACCUUCAAAAUUUAGUGAGUCUGGUUCUCAGGAUCAAGAUUACAGGAGUGCAUCAGUGGAGGACAAAGUUUCCAAUACAAUAUCCAUAAUUGGUAUUCCAAAGACUGCCACAAUGGAGCAGAUUCUUGGUGCCUUUGCCGUCCGUGAUGGUGUGCCAAUGCAGGGAAUGAAAAUCAAAAAUGUUGUGCCAGGUUACAGCUACGAUACGGCCUAUGUGGAGUUUUUAAACCUCGAGGAUGCAGUCCACUUCAUGGAGUCCAACAAGGGAUCCCUAAAGGUUGGCACUAGAACAACAUCCAUGAAGUACAUCCAGCCAGACGAGCUUGAAAGGGGUGUUAAUGAGUCAGAUAACAAAUUACCUCAACUCCGGGAGCCCCAGUUGCCCAGACCAGAUGAACCUUUAGAAGAGUUGAAGACCAACCUGAAUGGGUCCAAACCAAAAGACCCUAUUGAGCCAUUGUCCCACAACCAGUGGCAGCGUAGCUCUGACUUGACUCCAGAGGCCUGGCAGCAGCAGGUGGACCAAAAGCUCCAACAGCAAGAAACUGAGCAGCAGGCAGAAUCUUGGGGCAACCGCAACCUUCCUCAUCACAGUUCACACCAGUCUGACUCCGUCUUUAGAGAUAGCAAAACCAUGAUAAUAAAAAAUGUGAAGCCCACCACCACAGUAGAGACUAUCCUGAAAGCCUUGGAUCCCUUUGCAUAUCUGGAUGAAAGAAAUGUUCGCCUAGUCAAGGCCAAGCCACCAGGAGCUAAGUGCUUCUGCUUCGUUGACAUGGACUCCCAUGAGCAAGUGACACGUCUGGUUGAGCUCCUCACUAAACCCAGACCCCUUUAUAUUGAUGGAGUCAGAGUUUAUGCUGAGGUCGCAAAACCACUGAAAAACCAAAAUUUCAGAAGAGACUUUGAUAAACCAACCAGUUCCAUCCUUGGGUAUCCACCUGAGGUCAGCAUGAUGGGGCAGCAGCAGUACCCACAACCUCCACAGUACUCGCAGCCUCUGCAGCCACCUGCUGGUGCCUCUGCUGGAAUGCAAGCAGGUGAUUUGAUGACUGGCAGCACUAAUCAUGCUCUGUCAUCAGACCCCAGCACUGGACAGGGAGUUGGCUACGGUGAGGCUCCACCUGUGGAUCCGUCGUUCCAGGCUGGUGGACCCCAUGUGCCCACAGAAUCAGCUGGGAUGACAGUCACCGUAGAUGGAUCACAGACCUACAUCUUUGGCUCUGAGACUCCAGACAUGACCAACUACUUGUACGAUGCUACGUCAGGCUUCUUCUACGAUCCUGAGACAACACUGUACUAUGACCCUGGCUCAAGGUAUUUCUACAAUGCUCAAACCCAGGAGUACAUGUACUGGGAUGCUGCUUCAAAGACUUUCAUCCCAGUUCCAGGAGGGAACUCUGCAGAGACCCAACCUGUGACCAUGACUGUUGAAGACCAGGCCAUUCUUUCCAACCCAGCAGCAGAUGCUCCUCUGGAAAUGAAGAAACCAUCGGUGCCUGCCCUCACAGCAGCAGUUACAGCACCAGUUCCCGUUUCUGUUGCCAGCUCUGAUUCGGAGCCUGUCCCGACUUCUACAGCAGCUGCUGAGAAGAAAGACGACGACGACUCUACUAAAAAGGACAAAGACGAGAAGCCGAGAAGUCUUGCUGCUGUCAAGAUCAUGAAAGAUAUGGAGCGCUGGGCAAAGAUCCAGAAUCGUCAAAAGGAAAGCGUCCGCGCCGCAUCACCAUUGCUGAAGACUGGAAUGGACGAUGAUAGGAGGCAAUCCAAGUCUGCUGAUGCUGGUUUCGCUAUCUUUGAGAGGAAGAUCUCAGGUGGAGAUGAUCUUUUUAAGAAGCCCCUUGCUCCUCCUAAGAAAGAUGAAAAGUCAAAGCGUCCAAUGGGCUCACUUGGUCUUCUGGCAUCAGACUAUGCAGCUGGAAGUGAUGAAGAGGUUGAAGAAGAUAAGGAGGAGGCAGCUAAAGGCAGUCAGGGUGGCCAGUCUGAAGACAAGGACAACAAGCUGACAGACUGGAAGAAGAUGGCCUGCCUGCUGUGUAGGAGACAGUUCCCCAACAAGGACGCUCUGCUCCGCCACCAGCAGCUUUCCGACCUGCACAAACAAAAUAUGGAAAUCCACCUUAAGAUCAAGAGGUCAAAGAAGGAACUAGAGGCGCUGGAGAACCAGGAAAAAGAACUAAAUGCCAAAGAAACCUCCAGGUCACCAGAACAGAAAAGAAGAAAACACCAUCAACAGCCGCAGCAUCAUAAUACCUGGGCUGGAAGCUCCAGGGAGAUGAAUAAAGUCAGUGAUAGACCUGGUUUAGGAGCUGAACCUGUCCCGCAGAAGAAAAAGAAAGAGCCUGUAGUUUGGGACCAUGCCACCUACAAACAAGCAGUACGCAAGGCCAUGUUUGCACGGUUCAAGGAACUCGAGUGAUUUCAUCUGAACACAUCCUCACUUUGAUAUGUGAAUUUUUAAUGACAUGCUUGCCCACCUUGGCAUGAGAAAUCCCUUUGACUGUCGUUAUGUUUCUCUGCCUUGGACAUUAUCACACUAUAGAGCCACAGUAUUCUACACUGAAAUGAAGAACUGUGUGGUCUAUAAAUCACAUUACAAGGCUACUGUGGAGCUAAAAAGACUAUUUGACGUCCCCACCAAUGUAUGUUGUAUAGAAAGUGUUUAUUCAUGCCGUUAAUUUGAGUAUUUUUGCCCAUGUCUUCGUAUGUAGACUCGUGAAAUGUGUCCAGGUUGUCUUUUUUAAAUGAUACUGUCGCACUGGCCACAAUUACAUUUUGUUUUAAAACUGAGCAAUUUUUUUACAUUUUCAUGUGUCUGAAUUGCUAUUAUAUGUACACAUUUUUAAGUAAAAAAAAAAAGUAUGGGAUAACCA